GGUUAAGCUAUGACACUUACUUUUAUUUAGGGUUAGGUAAUGGUUACUUAUUUCAGAAAGAAAUCAAGUUUGGUUAGCUUUUUUUCAGGUCCUGACUAAAUAAGGAGAAUAGUCCCGGUAAGAUGGAUGAAUGGCGAGCUACGAUCCAAGCAAUGCAGUCGGAGGGGUUUAAAGAACCGGAACCACCAAGCAAUAAUCGAAGUAGCAGAGGUAGAGGUGGAGGAAGAGGAGGGUCUAGGGCAGGAAUCUGGAACCAAAGAGGGGACAAUGCAAGCCGAAAUCAACAACAAAAUGUCAACAAGAAUCAGGGUAACCAAAACCGGAGAAAUGAAGGAGGUCGUAAUCCAGAUAUGGGAGGUCAACAUCAAAAUGUCAACAAGAAUCAGGGUAACCAAAACCUGAGAGAUGAGGGAGGUCGAAAUCCAGAUAUGGAAGGUCAUGGUAGUCAACCCCAGGACCGCACAAGGAUUAGCCAACAUGCGGGCAUGAGCCAAGUAGAUUUCUAUCAGAGUUUAAAGAAGAAUACAAUUCCAUCCCGGAACAAUGAUAUUGAUCCAGAAGGAUACUAUGAUGAAUACGCAAACCAAAAUAUUGACGCAGUUAUGAAUGAUAUCAACUCAAUGCGUAAACUCCAACAAACUGGAAUGUUGGGACAAGGAAUGGAUAUGAUGAACCAAGGUCCUGUCUCAAUGAACAUGAAUGAUAGCUCGUUGGGAAUGGCUCCAGGGAUGAUGAAUAGUCAAGGACGAAUGGGAAUGAUGAAUAGGAUGAAUGACGGUUCAGGAAUGAUGAAUAGGAUGAAUGAAGGCCCUGGGAUGAUGAACAUGAUGGGUCCGGGGAUGAUGAAUAUGAGUUCGGGGAUGAACAACAUGAAUAACAUUGGGGUUGGGAUGAAUUCUAGCCCUAUGAUGACCAGCGUCUUAAACAUGAUGAACAGUAUACCUGGUAUGCAGGAAGGGAAAGUUGACAGCUUUAUACUGAUAAAUCAGGCUAGAGAAUUGAUCAGCGACGUGAAGGGUAUGAUCGAACUUGAUGACAGAAAUUCAAACGAUCCCGAAACUCGAGAAGUCCUGAAACUCAUCUCAUUUAAAGAAAGGGAACUGAACCAGAGAGAGGAACGUCUGCAUCGAGAAAAUUUCGUUGACGAAUCCUCCCUCUUCAGCCGAAAAUCCGAACUUGAGUUCGGAACGCGAAUUGAAACAAAGAAAAGGCCGACUCUGCUAGGCGGCCCCCCUUUCCCAACCGUGGACGCAAUAGAACAGUUUGAACUAAAUAAUACAUUUAACACACCGGAAUUUGUCCGUGACACCACGAUGUCGGAUUUAAGGGGAUCGCACAAUGAACCAAGUGUAUUUGCCUGGGAUAACAGCAUGGACAGAAUGAGUGGAGGAAGAAAUGAACUAGAUUACGGAGUAGCGGGAGGGAGCAGAGGUGCUAGCAGGGACAGAGAUCGUAAAGGAGAAGGGAGAUUAAAAGGGAGAUUACCGGAUUUGAAAACUGAAUUGAAAACGGAUUUGAAAAGGGAAAUCGAAGGCAGGAGAGGAGGGGGAGGAGGAGGGGGGCGUGGAGGAGGAGGGGGACGUACAAGAGGUGGGGAUGUAGGAGGUAAUAAGCAUGAGAUGGAUAUACGUGAGUUUGAUUGGCGAGGGUUAAACCCUGAAGAGUUUGAUCAUAUUCCUCCUCGUUUCCUUUACUGUUACGACUGCAAUGUAAAGUUGGAUAAUGGGCAGUCCUACGUGAACCAUAUGGGUGGGAAGAAACACAUGACAGCGUUGGUCGAGAUUCAGACUAAAUCUAACGAGCUAAAGAAUGAGAUGAGGCAGCAGAUUGGGAAACACGAGGCAUUCAGAGCAAAGGAUGCGUCCUCAAGAGAAGAAAAGAACCGAUGCAAUCUGUGUGAAACCAUGGUUGUCGGACCCCUAGCUCAUCACCGGAGUAAGCCUCAUCACAAAGCAUUAAAACUGUUCGUUCAUCCUUUCUGCCCCGUAUGCACUUUAGAACUUCACAAUAGACAAGAUUGGGAAUUCCAUAGGUUUAGUUCUCAGCAUCUGAUGCUGGUAGCCCAGGAGAACAGGAAGGGAAAGAUAACUCUGGCCAAGGACGAGGAUUUCAUGAAGGAGCUCGACAACCUUAAGAAAUCAAAUAAACAACGGGAAUCAGAGAAGAAGGAAGGACGGAGCAAGGACUCGUCGAAAGACAGGAAAAGAGAAAACAGUCGGAGAAGAGAUGAUAAAAAGAAAGAUGAAAAUAAAAGUGACGAUAAAAAGAGAGAUGAGAAGAAAAGUGAUGAUAAAAAGAAGGUUGAGAGUAAGAAGGAUGUGAAGGACGAUGAUGAUGAUAUUCAAGAGAUAACUAUUAUCAAGAAGGAUGAUAAACCAACAAUUAUCAAACAAGAUGAGAAAGGAUCUUUACCAACUAAUUUGGUGAGUUCUGUUUUUCUUCAAUUCUACCGAAAUCUGCGACUCUACGGUCCCUAUAAAAAAUCCGGUUUCUAUCCUUAAUGAAGGUCAUUCGAU